UUUAGAAGCUCGUCGAAACUGUCGACCAUGUCGCACAUGAACAAAGAAAACUGGAAGAACACACAGAGCGCGACCGUUGGAGGAGGAACGACCUCGUCAAUGGCUGCCGCCGCAGCAGCGGCCAAGUCUGCUGCGGGAGUUGGCCGAUUCCAGCUUAAAUCCUUCCAGCCUACGGGUGGGGCCGAGUCCAAACCACAGCAAUCUCUGUUUAAGUUGCCUGCGCCUCCGCGCAAACCGGAACCGGUGGCGGCAAAGCAGCCGGAAGAACCCAAGAAGGACGAAUUUAAAGUUCCAACGGUUAAUCAGCAACAGCAGCAGCAACCACAAUCUGGGUCGAGUUCUGGGUGUGGUGGGUCCGGCAAGGAUAAGAAAAUCUGGACGUUGAGCAAUUUUGAUAUUGGGCGGCCGUUGGGAAGGGGAAAGUUUGGCAAUGUGUAUCUGGCCCGGGAGAAGGAAACCAAGUUUGUGAUAGCGUUGAAGGUACUGUUCAAGAAACAGGUUCACGCUCAGGGUAUCGAACACCAGGUUCGUCGAGAGAUCGAAAUCCAGUCACAUCUGCGCCACCCAAACAUCCUGCGCAUGUACGGGUACUUCCACGACGAGACCCGGAUCUACCUCAUCCUGGAGUACGCCCCGGGAGGAACGCUGUUCAGCAAGCUGCAAACCCAGCCCGGCAACAAGUUCCCCGAGAAGCAGUGUGCAAUCUACAUCAACAUGCUGGUUUCGGCGCUAAUCUACCUGCACGAGCGCAACGUCAUUCACCGGGACAUCAAGCCGGAGAACCUGCUGCUCGGUCACGGCGGCGACCUCAAAAUCGCCGACUUUGGCUGGUCGGUCCACGAGCCAACCUCGACGCGAACAACGCUCUGCGGCACGCUCGACUACCUUUCCCCAGAAAUGGUCCAGGGUCAGCCGCACACCAAGAACGUGGACCUGUGGAGUCUCGGUGUCCUCGCGUACGAACUGCUGGUCGGACGGGCGCCCUUCCACGCGACCGGCUUCGACGAUACGUACAACAAAAUCAUGAAGGUGCGCUACGACGUUCCGCCGGAAAUGUCCCGACCGGCGGCCCACCUCAUCUCGCGCCUGCUCGUCAAACAGCCCGAGCAGCGGAUGCCCCUGGAGCACGUGGCUAUGCAUCCGUGGAUUAAGCUGCACGCGGACACCAAGUGAUUGAGAGUAUUUUUUGAAAAUUUUGUUUCUUUUUUAACCCCUUUUGCGGAAGUGAUGCUUUAUUAUGGCGACUAUUUUCUUCUUUUUUUAAAGUAAUUUCUAACGAUUAGUCAAGCGAGAAACGACACUAGAUUAAAAGCGAUCAACCGAGAACUGAUGCGUCGAUGCGAACGUGAAAAAAUAAAUAAAAUAAAACAGUUGAUUUGAAAAAAAAAA